CACACACACACACACACACACACACACAGAUUACUUGGCAGUCAGAACUAAAAUUAGCUUCCAGCUGUUGAAUCACGUCUAGUGGUCAGACUGGUUAGUUGGCCUUGGUGUGACACGGUCACACUCAUUGUGGAUUUACAUUUUUCCAGUUUCAGUACACUUCACGACGGAGGACUAUUUAACAGGAGGAUGACUGUGGUCAAGUGCGCCCUGUUUUUCUUGGUCUUGACCUGUCUGUGGACUUUUAACAGAGGAGAUGCUGAGGUGUCCUGUGUUUUCAUGGAGAGCUGCAUCUUACCGUGCAGCUUCCCGGUCGGCACUGAUGUACUCAUCCACUGGAUUCAGGUGACAGCAGGAGACACUGUCCACUCCUACUACCACAACAAAGACCAGCUUUCACACCAGCACGAGCACUACAGAGGCAGGACAUCACUGUUCAGGGACCAGAUCUCCAGAGGAAAUGCCUCGCUCCAGCUGACAGGGGUGGAGGUUCAGGACCAGGGCAGAUACAAGUGCUACACCAGCACCAUGAGAGGCAACAAGGACUCAUUCAUCAACCUAAAAGUGGACGCUCCGGUCCGUCAAGUCGACAUUCAGCAGGUGGAAAACAGGAUCACCUGCAGCUCAGAGGGGAUCUACCCUGAGCCUGAGCUCACCUGGUCCACCAGCCCUCCGUCCAACGUGACCUUCAAGAACACAACCACAGUCCAGCAGACUGAACAGCAGAUUUACAACAUCAGUAGUUCUCUGAUACUUUCAGAUAAUGUUACUGAUCUGGUCUACAGCUGCACCGUCAGCACUCGCAGAAACAGGAGGACAGCCACUUUGUUUAAACCAACUUCUCUCAGUGUUUCAGACUCUGAAACAACAAUCCCCUGCACUUCCUCAAACACUCCCCUAACGGGCCUCAUCUGGAGGUUCAACCACAGUCAGAUCAUCCUGAGCCAGACCAGGGCCGACGUCCCCCACACAGUCUCAGAGGAGUGGCAGCAGCAGGUGAAGGGUGUGUCUGAGUCAGGCAGCCUCAUGCUACAGGACUUGUCUUCAAAUCAGGAGGGAAUAUACACCUGUGAACUCAGUAAUGCUGAGGAGACAAACAUAACCAGCACCCUUCUGAGGAUAGAGAAAAGUCAAGAUGAUGAGGUCUCCUGUGUUUUCAUGGAGAGCUGCAUCUUACCGUGCAGCUUCCCGGGCGGCACUGAUGUACUCAUCCACUGGAUUCAGGUGACAGCAGGAGACACUCCUGUCCACUCCUACUACCACAACCAAGACCAGCUUGCACACCAGCACCAGCGCUUCAGAGGCAGGACAUCACUGUUCAGGGACCAGAUCUCCAGAGGAAACGCCUCGCUCCAGCUGACAGGGGUGGAGGUUCAGGACCAGGGCAGAUACAAGUGCUACACCAGCACCAUGAGAGGCAACAAGGUGUCCUUUAUCAACCUAAAAGUGGACGCUCCGGUCCGUCAAGUCGACAUUCAGCAGGUGGAAAACAGGAUCACCUGCAGCUCAGAGGGGAUCUACCCUGAGCCUGAGCUCACCUGGUCCACCAGCCCUCCGUCCAACGUGACCCUCCAGGACAAACCCACAGUCCAGCAGACUGAACAGCAGCUUUACAGCAUCAGUAGUUCUCUGACACUUUCAGACAGUGUUACUGAUCUGGUCUACAGCUGCACCGUCAGCACUCGCAGAAACAGGAGGAGAGCCACUUUGUUUAAACCAACUUCUCUCAGUGUUUCAGACUCUGAAACAACAACAAUCCCCUGCACUUCCUCAAACACUCCCCUAACGGGCUUCAUCUGGAGAUUCAACCACAGUCAGAUCAUCCUGAACCAGACCAGGGCCGACGUCCCCCACACAGUCUCAGAGGAGUGGAGGCAGCAGGUGAAGGGUGUGUCUGAGUCAGGCAGCCUCACGCUACAGGACUUGUCUUUGAAUCAGGAGGGAAUAUACACCUGUGAACUCAGUAAUGCUGAGGAGACAAACAUAACCAGCACCAUUCUGAGGAUAGAGAAAAGUCAAGAUGCUGAGGUCUCCUGUGUUUUCAUGGAGAGCUGCAUCUUACCGUGCAGCUUCCCAUUCGAAACUGAUCUAGUCAUCCACUGGAUUCAGGUGACAGCAGGAGACACUCGUGUCCACUCCUACUACCACAACCAAGACCAGCUCGCACACCAGGACCAGCGCUUCAGAGGCAGGACAUCACUGUUCAGGGACCAGAUCUCCAGAGGAAACGCCUCGCUCCAGCUGACAGGGGUGGAGGUUCAGGACCAGGGCAGAUACAAGUGCUACACCAGCACCAUCAGAGGAAACAAGGAGUCAUUCAUCAACCUAAAUGUGGACGCUCCAGUCGUUGGAGUCGACAUUCAGCAGGUGGAAAACAGGAUCACCUGCAGCUCAGAGGGGAUCUACCCUGAGCCUGAGCUCACCUGGUCCACCAGCCCUCUGUCCAAAGUGACCUUCAAGAACACAACCACAGUCCGGCAGACUGAACAGCAGCUUUACAGCAUCAACAGUUCUCUGAUACUUUCAGACAGUGUUACUGAUCUGGUCUACAGCUGCACCGUCAGCACUCGCAGAAACAGGAGGAGAGCCACUUUGAGGCAACUACAUGCUGAGGUCUCCUGUGUUUUCAUGGAGAGCUGCAUCUUACCGUGCAGCUUCCAGGGCGGCACUGAUGUAGUCAUCCACUGGACUCAGGUGACAGCAGGAGACACUCGUGUCCACUCCUACUACCACAACCAAGACCAGCUCGCACACCAGGACCAGCACUUCAGAGGCAGGACAUCACUGUUCAGGGACCAGAUCUCCAGAGGAAACGCCUCGCUCCAGCUGACAGGGGUGGAGGUUCAGGACCAGGGCAGAUACAAGUGCUACACCAGCACCAUCAGAGGAAACAAGGCGUCAUUCAUCAACCUAAAAGUGGACGCUCCAGUCGUUGGAGUCGACAUUCAGCAGGUGGAAAACAGGAUCACCUGCAGCUCAGAGGGGAUCUACCCUGAGCCUGAGCUCACCUGGUCCACCAGCCCUCCGUCCACUCUGACCCUCCAGGACAAACCCACAGUCCAGCAGACUGAACAGCAGCUUUACAGCAUCAACAGUUCUCUGAUACCUUCAGACAGUGUUACUGAUCUGGUCUACAGCUGCACCGUCAGCACUCGCAGAAACAGGAGGAGAGCCACUUUGAGGCAGCUACCUUCUGUCAGUGGUUCCAGCACUGACGCAACAAUCCCCUGCACUUCCUCAAACACUUCCCUUCUGAGCUUUAGCCUCGUUUGGAGAUUCAACCACAGUCAGAUCAUCCUGAACCAGACCGGGACCGACGUCCCCCACACAGUCUCAGAGGAGUGGAGGCAGCAGGUGAAGGGUGUGUCUGAGUCAGGCAGCCUCACGCUACAGGACUUGUCUUUGAAUCAGGAGGGAAUAUACACCUGUGAACUCAGUAAUGCUGAGGAGACAAACCUAGCCAGCACCCUUCUGAGGAUAGAGAAAGGGAGUCUGACUGAUGCAGGCAUUAUUGUAGCUGUGGUGGCUGGAGCCAUUUUGGUUGCAUUGCUAGCAGGCCUUGUACUGUACUGCAAAUAUAAAAAGGAAAAGAAGAAGAAAUUAAUGAAAACAGACAAAGUGAAUGUGAAGAAGAAGAAAACGGUUGACUGGAUACGGAUUGAUGCGAUCAUAUAAAUGGCCCGACAAAC